AUGCUCAGGAGUGGAAGAAUGAAAGGGCAAAUACGGUAUUCCACUGAGGAUUGUUCCUUUGAAGAGGAGAUUCGUCCAGAUGGCUACAAUGUAUAUAAAUCAAAAAAAUACGGAAUAUCGGUGUCUUUGAGUAGUGCCAAGCAAAGACAGCAGUUCAAAGGGAAAGAUUUUCUUCCACUAUCUCACUUCUUACCUAUGAUCAACACUGUGCCCGUGGAGUCAACAGACUUUGGUGAAUACGGUGAUUACAGCCAGGCCUUCGAACCAGAGGUGUACUCCUCGCCUCUCGAAACGGACAGCAUGGACCCCUUUGGCAUCACCUCCAAACUGUCGCCGGUGAAGAGCCCCAGCUUUCAGAAAUGA